AUGAGUGAUAAUCAUCCUCAAUUGCGAAACGACAAUCAUUUUCAAAGUACGAGUGGUUUAUCACCACCUGCCAUUAAUUCUAUUGGUAUUUGUAAAAUGCAGACUGCUGUGUUUCAUCCUUUCGAACAAAGAUAUAAUUGCUUUAAUUCGGUCGUUGCAGGGAUGAGCGGUGAAAUUCAACAUGUGAUGUAUUUGGCAGAAAAUAUCGGGAGUCUAUAUUUAUCAGCGGUUUGUAGCGACGUGAUUCUUAAGGUUGAAGGUUAUGCGCUUCCUGCUCAUAGGCUCAUUCUGGCUGCUCGUAGUGAUUAUUUCAGAGCAUUGUUAUUUAAUGGGAUGCGAGAGACAAGGGACACUGAGAUCGAGUUGGUGGACACUUCUGUUGAUGGCUUUAAAAUGCUAUUGAAAUACAUAUAUACUGGAAAAUUAUCUCUUAGCAGCCUGAAAGAAGAAGUUGUUCUUGAUGUGCUCGGUCUGGCGCAUAGAUAUGGAUUUACUGAACUGGAACUCAGUAUCUCAGAAUAUCUUAAGGUAAUCGCCUUGAAAACAGCAGUUUUAAAUAUUCGAAAUGUUUGUACGAUUUAUGGCGUAGCGCACUUGUACUCACUUCAUUCUCUUUACGAUGUGUGCCUCAAUUACGCUGAUAAGCAUGCCGUGGAAGUACUCUCAACUCAGGGCUUUCUUCAUUUAUCUGCCUUAGCGGUUGAACAAAUGAUUCGACGCGAUUCAUUAUGUGCUCCUGAAAUUGAAAUCUUUAAAGCAGUUAGAGAAUGGGUGCGCUUACACGCCAGUCAGGUAGAAGAUAUCGAGUUGAUUGUAUCAAAAUUGCGUUUGCCUUUGAUGAAAUUGAAUGAUCUUCUGAACGUUGUUCGACCAUCGGGUCUUCUUUCUGCAGAUGCAAUUUUGGAUGCUAUAAGAGACCAGCAAGAAAAAAAAAGUGGUGAACUUACAUAUCGAGGAUUUUUGCUUCACGAUAUAAAUGUCCUUACCACUGAUUUUAAUACAAAGGUUUUAACUGGAGAAGGAGCAAAUAAUUUGUUGAAUGGUGAAUUAAAUAGGUAUGAUACAGAUCGUGGAUUCACUUCGCAUAUUAUUAGCGAAAAAAGCAGUGGAAUUAUUAUUGAGCUUGGACGUCCUUUCAUCAUCAACCAUAUUUCUCUUCUUCUUUGGGAUCGUGAUCAACGUUCAUAUAGUUAUUACAUUGAAGUUAGUAUGGAUUCUGAAGAUUGGAUAAGAGUUAUUGAUUAUCGAAAAUAUCUUUGUCGUUCACAUCAAAACCUUUUUUUUCCUGCACGAGUAGUGAAAUUUAUUCGUGUUGUUGGCACCUAUAAUUCGGUUAAUAAUGCUUUUUAUCUGGUAAACAUUGAGGCAACUUACAAUACUCGACCUCCCGAUUUCGAUCCUGCGACGUCAGUAAUUAGUAAGCAUUAUGAAAAUUGCUCUUUUAGGAAGAAAAAGAAGCAAAAUUCAUUUAGAGAUUUAAAAUUUAGAACUUAUAUUGCAGUUCCAUUGACAAAUGUUGCAUCUAUCGUAAAUAAUGCAGUAGUAAUAGAAGGUGUAUCAAGAAGCCGCAAUGCUCUGAUAAAUGGUGAUACAAGCAAUUAUGAUUGGGAUAAUGGAUACACAUGCCAUCAGCUUGGUUCUGGUGCAAUUGUCGUGCAAUUACCUCAGCCGUACCUUAUUAACUCGAUGCGAUUGUUACUUUGGGAUUGUGAUGAUCGUUAUUAUUCGUAUUAUGUAGAAGUAUCUUCUAAUCAAGCAUCUUGGACUCGUGUAGCUGAUCAUACUCAAGACCAGUGCAAAGCAUGGCAACUUUUGCGUUUUGAUUAUAUUCCGGUUGUAUACAUUCGCAUUGUCGGGACAAAUAACUCAGCUAAUGAAGUGUUUCAUUGCGUGCAUUUCGAAUGUCCUGCUCAAAGAGCAGCUUUAAUGGCGCUUGACUCAAUUUCUGAAAGGUCUGAAUCUAAUACUCCGGAAAACAAUAAUGAGGAUUUUUAA